AUGGUCCGGCUCAUCACGCACAACCUGCUCGCGUGCCACGCCAAAGGCUGCACGGCCAACAACUUCCCGCUCCAGUUCAGAGACGCGCAGGUCGCCCUCCGCGACGCGGAGUUCAACCCCGACUUCCUGCGCGGCUUCCUCCCCAAGAUCGAGUGGCCCGCCCUCGUCGACGCCGCCCGCCAGCUGGGAGACACGUCGCUCCCGCUGCAGCAGCCAGACAUGCUCGACGACGAUUUCCUCCGCGCGCUGCACCACGUCCUGCUCGAGCUCCACGUCGAGGAGGGCGCCAUGGUCUGCCCCAACUGCCAGCACGUCUACCCCAUCUCGAACGGGAUCCCAAACAUGCUCCUCGCAGAGCACGAAAUCGGCUGA